AAUUUCUCGCAGUGUUAGUAAUCCCUUGAUCUAUUGUGUUAGUUAGCGUGCAUUUGAAAUUUAGGCAUUAUUAUUUCAAGCUAGAAACGUAUAAGGCCUUUUGUCAAAAGGUUACAAAGGUGCAUAAUUCGAUUUUUUUAAAUGGUAUACCCAUCUUAACAUAACAUCCACGAUCCGGAGGUUAACAGGCCGGAGGCAAUUGGAGGGAGACGGUGCAAAAUUUAUGAGAAGAUAAUACAUUCCCGCCGAGGGACCUGUUCUGUUAUCAGUCUGUUCCGAGGUUGCGACUCGUUAGGUAUGGUCCAGCCGAAAUGCAGCUUCCCUCAGCAAGUAUCCUCAGACAGUAUCUCGCAGCAUUUAUCAGCUCAUUGACGUUGUUUUGCGCUGGGAACUGUUAUACAUGGAUAACACCGUUGCUGUACAGGCUUAAGGAGCCUGAUUCUGAGAUUCCUUUGACCGCGGAUCAAGGAUCAUGGGUCGUCGCCUUGAUCGAAGUCGGCAAUCUGAUCACACCGAUUCCCGCGGGGUUCCUCGUCGAUCUUUGGGGAAGGAAGAUCAUGCUAUGGCUCACCGGGCCGAUCUACAUCUUCACCUGGAUCCUCGCCCUAUCGACCAGGUCCGUCAUCACUUUAUACUUUAUGAGGACAGUACAAGGUAUGGCCAUGUCUGUUCAAUUCACCGUGCUUCCGAUGUACCUCGGCGAGAUAUCGGGCCCGAAACUGCGCGGUGCGCUCAGCUCCUUCUUCCAGGGCAUGUGGUACCUCGGGGUCCUUUAUGAAUAUUCCGUCGGAGCUUUCUUCGACUACGAAGGACUAACGUGGUUUUCAAUCGCCCCACCCGUGAUAUUCGUCGUGCUUUUCUUGUGGUGUCCAGAGUCGCCGUACUAUCUAGUUAUGAAAGGGCGACAGGAGGAAGCGGCCAAGGCGUUGAGUUGGCUACGCGCUACGACCCCCGACUCGCCCGAACUACUCCAGGAGUUGCAGCAGAUGCAGACAUCCAUCCAGGAAGAGAAAGAACAGAAAGGAAACUGGCGGGACAUCCUCGGUACCAGGGAAGGUCGCAAAGCGUUGUUCUUAGUGCAAACCGUCGCCGUCACCGAAAUCAUGAGCGGACUCACGACCAUAAUCGUUUACGUGUCGGAGACCUUCGCGAGGACGAGCGGCGACCCUCACAUGGCCGACGUGUUCACCAUAGUCUUGGGAGGUUUACUCUUUUUGGUAACUUUGGUGACCGCUGUCCUGGUGGACAAAGUCGGCAGAAGACCGUUGAUUCUCAUCUCUUCGUUCGGGGGUUCAGCCUGUCUCUUCUUAGCCGCUCUCUACUACAUCCUAGACGAACUCCCUAGUGUAGACACUUCUACGAUCCAAUGGCUCCCUUACAUCGCCAUCAUCGGCUUCAUGUGCUUGAUAUCUCUUGGAGUCGGGGCUCUCCUGCCCGCCCUACAAAGCGAGUUCUUCCCCAACAGCACGAGAGGUAUCGCUUCAGGCAUAACUAUACUCAACAUAACACUUAUGUCGUUCAUGUGUCUGAAACUCUACCAAGUUAUCGAAGACAGCGUCGGACUGUACUUAAACUAUUGCCUGUUUUUUAUAUCGUCGCUCAUUGGCUCCGUGUUGAUCUUCUUCUUCCUUCCCGAAACCAAAGGAAAAACCUUUGCCGAAAUACAGAAAAUGAUGUAAAUUUUGUCUUAAUUUUAAUGAAGUCAAGACUGUAAUGUUGUAUUUAAAAAACUUAUUGCGUAUUUUUACAGUGCAAAUAUUGUAUUUAAUAGAUUGG